AUGGUGGAGCGCGCAGCCUACCAGCGGUCGCGCAACGCUUCGCAACAGCGGCGGACGUCGCAGCAGCAGCAAGGCCAGUCGCAUAGCCAGGUCGCGCAGCCGUCGCAGCAGCCGCAGUCGCAGCAACAAGAGCAGGCGCACGGGCACAAUGUGAGCACCGUUGCUCAACCGCCAAACGCGCAGGCGCAAGCGCAGCCGGCGCAACCCGCGCAGCAAAGGGCUCAUCAUCGCGUGCUUCCACCGCAGCCGCGGCAACCGGCGCAGCAGAAGCGGCAGCAGUUGCGCCAGACCGCGGCGCAACGGCGCACGGCGCAAGCGCAGGCCGCGCGGCAAACUGGGGGGGAUACGGGGAAGGCGCAACCUGGCCAGGGGGAUACGGGGAAGCCGCCGCAGGGUCAGGGGGGCCAUGGGAAGGCGCAACUGGGCGGGGGCGCGAAUCCGCCAGUGCACGCCCCGCUUCCGCCCCUGCCGCGGAAGCAGCAGUCGCGGGUGCAAGCGCAGGGGGAGCAGCAGGGGGAAGCGCAGGCGGAGCAGCAAGGGGGGCAUCAGGCGGGGCAGCAGGGGGUACAGCAUAGGGGGCAGCAGGGGGGGCAAGCGAAUAGGUUACAACAAGAACCAUCACAGCAGCAACCAGAACAGCAGCACCAGCAGCAGCAGCAGCAGCAGCAUGGUUCCGCCGGGCAGGAUGGAACACACGGGCAGGCGUCCGGGCAGGCGUCCGGGCAGACGAAAGGGCACCUUCAAACAGACGGCCAGGAGCCAGGGGGGCAAACCCAAGGCCACGGGCAGGGAAGCGGGCAGGCUUCCGGGCAGGUUCCCGGGCAGGUUUCGGAGCAGCUGCCAAUGCACGAAGGCCACGUGGAGCAUGCUAUUCUGCCCGAGCGGCCGGAUUGGCUGGAUGAUUACGAGAUAGUGGGGAAGAUAGGCGAGGGGACGUACGGGCUGGUGUAUCUGGCGAAGGACCGGCGCAAGGGCAAGGGGUCGGGGCGGUCGGCUCUUAAGAAGUUCAAACAGACCAAGGAGGGCGAUGGCGUGUCCCCCACUGCCAUUCGCGAGAUCAUGCUACUACAGGAGUGCGAGCACGAGAACAUAGUGCAGCUGCUCAACGUGCACAUCAACCACACCGACAUGUCGCUCUUUCUUGCCUUUGACUACGCCGAGCAUGACCUCUAUGAGAUCAUCCGGUUCCAUCGAGAGCAUCUGAAGCGCCCUCUCUCGGAGUACACGGUGAAGUCGCUGCUCUGGCAGCUGCUGAAUGGACUGCACUACCUGCACAGCAAUUGGAUCAUUCAUCGAGAUCUCAAGCCCUCCAACAUCCUUGUGAUGGGCGAGGGCGAGGAGCAAGGGGUGAUCAAGAUCGGUGACUUUGGCCUUGCCCGCAUCUUCCAGUCGCCGCUACGACCACUCUCCGACAAUGGGGUCGUGGUAACCAUCUGGUAUCGAUCCCCGGAGCUGCUGCUAGGCUCGCGGCACUACACGUGCGCUGUCGACAUGUGGGCGGUGGGGUGCAUAUUCGCGGAGCUCCUCACACUCAAGCCCUUGUUCCAGGGCCUCGAGGACAAGACCUCCGCUAAUGCCUUCCAGAAGGACCAGCUGGAUAAGAUCUUCAGAGUGCUAGGCCACCCCACGGUGGACAAGUGGCCAAUGCUGCAGUACCUGCCGCACUGGCAGGCCAACCGGCAGCUCAUUCAAGACAAGAAGUACCCACAGCCGGAGCUCUAUCGCAUUCUGCACAGCUGGUCGCCCAACUCGCAUGCCGUCAACCUGUUGCUGCGCAUGCUUGACUAUGACCCGAAGAAGCGGAUAACAGCAGGGCAGGCACUCGAGCACGAGUACUUCCGCAUUGACCCUCUUCCAGGCCGCAACUCAUUCUUUUCAGGCCCAGUGGUCUACCCGCAGCACCAUCACUUUUUCCCUCACCUCACCUCGUCCCCUUCCCCCCCUCCCUUUCUCGCCCCUUCUUCACCCCACCCCAGCUCGUUCUUCUCAGGCCACCCCAUGGAGCGGCCAGUGGUGUACCCCAAGCGCAUGCCAGUUCCCUGCCACCCCAUGGAGCGGCCAGUGGUGUACCCCAAGCGCCCUGUGGACCUGUCAACCGACUUUGAAGGCAUCUCCACCCUCUCCUCCGCUGCUGCCUCCUCGCAUGUCGCUUCCCUCUCUGCCAUGCCUCCACCGCACCAGCAGCACCAUCACCAUCAGCAGCAGCACCAUCAGCAGCAGCAGCAGCACCAUCAGCAGCACCAUCAGCAGCAGCAGCAGCAGCAUCAGCAGCAGCAGCAUCAGCAGCAACAGCAGCAGCAGCAACACCAUCGGCACCAUCAGCAGCCUACUGACCCGUCAGCCUCGACCUCGGAGGCGCAAUGGCAGGAGGAGGAUAGUACGCAUAUCGUUUUCAAGCAUUUCAAGGUUCCGAUCCGCCCCAACACCGUCGGCGCUGUCCGCGUUUGCAAGUAUUGCGCCAUCGAGUUCAAGGGUGGUGCGUUUCGAUGCGCUCAGCAUCUCGCGAAAUGGAAGGGACAGAAAUCGCGCGACGUCCGCCUGUGCUCGAAGGUUCCGUCCGACGUGCGAGCGGCGGUGCGCGCGCAUUACGAGAAGAAGGCAACCGGCCGCGAUGAGAAAAGGAGGGCCGAAGAGGCUGCGCUCGAAGCUGUCGUGGGAGGUUCGAAGAAAGGCCGCAUCACCGACUUCCUUGGCGACGAGGCGAAAUGCAAGAAGGGCGAGGCGGACGACUCCGUCUGCAUGUUCUUCGUCGGCUGUCGCAUUCCCGAACACCACGCUGACAACCCGUUGUGGCGCAACAUGGUCAGGGCCAUUAACAACGUAGGCCCCGGUUAUGUCGCGCCGCGCCGUCGCUACGUGGGAGGGGCUGGGCUGAAGCUUUGCCGUCGCUACGUGGGAGGGGCUGGGCUGAAGCUUUGCCGUCGCGAGCUGGAAGAGGGAUGGCGUCACCUCGCCCUUUGCAUGGACGGGGGCUCCAACUAUGGGGCCGCCUGCAAGGAGCUCAUGGCGGAGUGGCCGCACAUCGAGUACGUGCCGUGCGCUACGCACGUGCUCGACCUCCUGAUGGAGGACGUGGGCCGUAUCCCGUGGGCGAAGGAGCUUGUGGAUCGGGGGACCGACAUGAUCAGCUACGUCCGCAACCACCAGUUCACCCGCAACUACCUGAGGAGUGGGGCGGUGCAGGGAGGAAAGGGGAAGCAGCUUGUGAAGCCGGCGGGAACCAGGUUCGGCACCAACUACAUCGCCCUCUCAAGGCUGUGCAAGCUGCGGUCCACAUUGGCUCAGAUGGUGCUGAGCGAGGAGUACGGCAACUGGGCGAUGGGGGCACGGAAGCUGACGGCGGAUACCUUCCGUGGCCACGUCAUGGACGACGAAUGGUGGAAGAAUGCAACGUACCUGGUGGAGCUCUUGGCGCUUCCGUUCAAGGUGAUGUGGGCCACGGACAGCAGCGCGAAAGGCAUAAUGGGCACCAUCUAUGACCUUAUGCUCCAGCUGACCGAGGACAUGAACACCAAGCUGGAGGCGGGGGAGAAGAUUCUGACGCGGGCGGAUGCGGCUGAGAUAGGGAGGAUUGUUAGGCGCCGUUGGGACGAGACCCUCGCUUUCGCUCUUCACGUCGUUGGCCGGAUCCUGAACCCGGCAAAUCAGGAAGAGGGUAUAUUCUGCAACGAUGUGGAAUGUACCCGCAUCUUCAAGGCGUUCAUCGCACGUCACUACGACGGCACCAACAAAGACGGUGAGGAGAAGCGGGCCUCUCUUGUUUUGCAAGAGGGGCUCACGGCCUUCCUCACCCUUGAAGGAUCCUUCGGCAACCCUGAGGCAAUUGCCGACAGGGAGGCCGUGAAGGCAGGCAAGCACUCGAUGGUGCAGUGGUGGGGAUGGCACGGGACUGACCACCCCCACCUGGCCAGCCUUGCGUGCCGUGCCCUGACACAGCCGGUGUCAGCCUCGCCGUGUGAGCGCGGGUGGGCAACGUGGGAGUCGGUGCACACUGCCCGCCGCAACAAGCUAGGCUCGGAGAAACUCCGGGACCUAGUUUAUGUGGCCCACAACUGGCAUGUGGUCCACAAGUACCACAAGAGGGCUGAGUCACUGGCGGUGCUUCCGGGCACCAUCCCUGAACCCGCUCUGCCGGAGGGAUACAAGGAGGAGGAGGAAGGGGAGGAGGAGGAGGAGGAGGAGGAGGUGGAGGGGGAUGAAGCCGUGCUGGCCGAUGAGUACGUGGAAUAA